AUGAAAAUGUAUUGCUGUGUACGUGGCACGUUUCACUGUCAGUAUAUCAAUGGAGUUCAGUUUAAUAAAUUAAAAACGAAAUAUAGAACUGACGAGGAUAUAGUCGUACAUUACACGAUACAAGAUAGAAUUCAUACGUCAACACGUGAUUGGAUUGGAAUUUUUCCAAGAGGAUGGAGCAAUCUACAACAAUACCUUACCUUCGAAUACAUUAUUCUAUCACCUAAGACGGCGACCUUGACCAAUCGCAGUAUCAUGUUUUUACAUACUUUUCAUCGAGAGGCAUUACCAAACGUCGAUUACCAGUUCGUUUACGUGAGCAAAGAAAUAGAAAUCCUGGGCACCAGCUCAUAUUUCCGUUUCAUCGUCAUCCCGAAUCUUCGUGCCAUCGAUCGAAACUCAAAUACGUCGGAUCGUGGCGUCGACAACGUUCAUGACGCGCAUGAUGGUCAUCCGCCAUUGAUCGUGUCACCGACAACAAGCAACGUGGGGAAAAUACUUAGAUCUAGCAAAUCGAUCGACAACUUUCUCGAAUCUCAUCGAACGUGUCGGUCGUUUGCCGAACACAGCCAGAGAACGUGUCGAUUCUGUUCGAAAUCGGUGUCGUUUACAACAAACAGGGUUCAGUUUCUGAUGUUGCAUAAUGAGCAGCUAGUAGCAAGGAUGGGCCGUCUGACACGCGAUUUGGAGUUAACGGAAGCGGCUGUAAAAAGUGAAAAAAUGGCACAGGCAGUGUUGACAAGGAGGUUGCAGGCUUACGAGACGUUCGUCGCGGAUAUGUUCAAGUGCUUAAAUCUGAGAGGAACCGUGAGAAUCCUGGAUAAAACGGGUCAAGAGAUCAUCGUACAAAAAGUAAAACCAAAGAACUCACCACCGAUGCGCGACGAGACAGGUGACAAACCUGUCCCUAUUCUGGAAGUCUCAAUGUUGAAUCAAUCUUCUGAACUUAAAGAGUGCAACGAUGGUUCAACGACGAACAUAAAUGAGAUGGAGAGAGUUCCUCGAGUAUCGAAUUUAUGCGAAACAGAGGAGAACGAAGAACGCGUAACUCCCAAAUAUUUCAAAGACGAUGGAUUCUCUGUGAAAAAAGAACUGAAUGAGAACGAGAAAAAUUUUGAAAUUACUUUAUCCGUGGAAGAGGGACAGCCUCAGUUCGAUAAGGAAAUCUUGAUAUCGGAGGCACCGAUUAACAAGGAUCGUGAGGAACAAUGCGGUUCUUACGUAACGAAAGAGGCCACGGGCACAACAAACCAACGAGGAGAUGAAAUAUGCACAGUCAACUGUAAGAUCGAACAGCCUAACGGUGUCGAGGACAAAUCGGAAGACGGACAAAAUAUUGUCUAUGACGAUAAGAAAAUUGUGAAAGAGCUCGAUUCCUUGAUAACCGGAGAUUCUUCAAAAUGCUGUUGUGACUGUCAUUUGAACAUGUCAAAAACGUGUAGCUCGAACAAGAGGUUUGAUAAGGGUAAUGUAAAUGAAUGGGCGCUUCAAUGUGAAUGUGACUUGAAAGUGUCGGAUGGGAUGUAUCAGAUGAUUGAUAAUUACGCGGAGAACCAGUGCACUACGAGGGAAGCGAUGAAGAGUGGUUUGUCCGCGAUUCUGAUUAAGGGUAGAAAUACGAAAUUUGCUGUUAUCAAGUAA